GAAUCCAACAGCUAGCUAGGUGCCUCAUCCUGCAGGGAAUCACGUGGACCACCAUUCGAUUGCAACCACUGAUACAGGUUUAAUUUUACCAGCCUUUUUAUUUAUUUAUUUAUUUAAAGACUCAAUCAAUCAGCUUCAGCUGGUGCACAUUCCAGUAAUAAUUGUACCCAUUCUCCAGCAUGUCUCGUCUCCCCGCCGGCAUCCUUUCUUCUCUGCUAAUCUUUUCAGACUGGAUGUACGUACCGGACAGAAUAGUUUUCCUUCAAAAACGCAAAAAGCAUUCUCUCAUUUAGACCCCACAGGGAUAGGAAGACAGGAAAUACGCCAUAAAGCAAAUGUGACGACCCCCACAGGGAUUUUCACCUAACCCUUUCUUUCUAGUCUUUGGAGCCACUCAUUUCUUGUUAAUUAGUAUGCUUUUAGAUAAGGAAUAAUAACGCAGAAAAGGGCCUGUGGUUUAGCAACGAGUAGGGUCAUUUUAAGAUACCGAACCAAAUUUAAGAUAGAAUAUGUUGAUUUAUGGUGUACUACCUCUUCUAGGCACUUGCCCCCCCAGAUUAAAUAACCACCCCAAACAACUGCAAUAAUAGUGAGGGUCGACCUUACUCCUUUUUCUGGGCGGAAAGGGGAGGCAAACAAAAGGCAAGGCUAAUCAUUGAUGGAGGUGUUUGCACAACUCAAAGUUUUUUUCAGCAGGUUUGCUUUCAAGGAGUUCCCACCCGCGCACUGUCUUCAAAAGCAACGCAUUGCUAUCGUAUCUCACUUAUCUGUGUUGAUUCCCUGAUAUAUAGGCCACUAUGAUGCCAUGUGCACAGAUUUGGACACAAGUCUCCCGUGGUUGACUUACUGAAUUAAUCUCAAGUGUGCACACAUGUGGCUUGUGCAAAACAUGUAGACUUUCCAGUUUAUUCUUAAAAGAAGAUGAAGACAGAAGCAGAGAGAGAGAGUGUAACUAUGCAGCUUACAAUGGAAUGCUCAAUUUAAUCUAAGUACAUGAACAGAAAGGCCAAAUUCAUCAUGACAAAUUCCCCUUUUUAAUAUGGUUCCUACCACACACACACAAAAAAAAAAAGGACCACAGACCGUAUUAUGGGCUUAGCAACAAUAUAUGCUUCAUAUUUAGGUACGCAGAAGGGGACCAUGACAAACUUAGACUAUUCACUAAUGUACUGUGUUGGAUUCAUAUCCACAGCGAUAAUCCCUUCUUAAGAAUUCUGGAAAGCUCGAAGUUUUAUUUUUCAGGGAAACAAAGAUGGUUUACUAGAGCAUAACCAGAAAUAGAUGAUUAUUAUGACUUAUUCGAAUUCGAACAUUAGUGUUCUUUGCAUUCAGGAGCUUAAUAGCUUUAGGCUAAUCAUCAUUCAUGCUAGGCGAGGGUGCUGGCCAUCAGCCCACCACCUUUUUUCUCGUUGCUUGAGAUGCACUCAGUGGUCUUUUGGAGGUGACACACCCAGUAGUGUUUCAGUCCUUUGUUUAUUGGCAUGCUACAGUCCUAUCUAUAAUGGUUGGUGUGGGUGGAUUGGCACAGCUAGCCGUCGGUGACAGAAACAAGCACUUCUACAUUAUGAUAUUCUAACAUUUUUGUCCUUUCUUUUUUGAAAAAGAAAAUACUAGUGACAGGUAGAUAGUAUCUGGAGAACUCAUGAUACUCACAUCUAUAGAUGAUUUUGCAAAUUCAGACAGUAACUGUAGCACCGACGUAUACUGUAUACACACACAAAAAAAAAACUUUCCGUUUCUGAUUUCCGUACAAGGGGUACAACGACAUUCCAAUCCGAAUACUCCGACACUGCCCUACUUUUUGUGGUUAGCGCAAGGGUCAGUGUUCUAGGUUGGUUGCUUCAGUAUCACUACUUUUCCUAGAGCUGGGCCACAUAGCCAUGUGCAGGCAGGAGUGUUGCUAGUAGCCCUGCCAGUGUACUACAGACUCGAUAGGUGGCCAUAAAAGAGGAGAGCCAAUAAGCACAAUGGCGCCUGAAGAGAGGAUGAAGACAGAGGCCAGUCACAAGGCGAUAGCAGCAGGUGGUGGCAAGAUGACGGUGCUCCACUCUCCGGUUGGAGUUAGGAGCAUCGUGACCUCCUUGGUGGCUUUCUUCAUCCUAGCCAGCUCCAUCGUGUUCCUCCUCGACAGAGGCCAGGAAGAGCAAGUGCAAGUGGCAGUCGAGCAUGGACGCCAAGAAGUGCAGGUGAAGCUGGAAUCCGGGCUGCAAGAACCGGCGAUAAGAGGGACAACCCAAGAGGGGGACGCCAGCAACGAGGAGUGCAACUGGUCCAGGGGAAGGUGGGUGUACGACAACGUGUCCCGCCCAUUGUACAGCGGGCUCAAGUGCUCCUUCAUCUUCCCCGAGGUGGCCUGUGACAAGUAUGGCAGGAAGGAUGCCAUGUACCAGCACUGGAGAUGGCAGCCUCAUGGUCAUGGAUGCGACCUCCCAAGAUUUGAUGCCAUCAAGCUGCUUGAAAAUCUGAGAAACAAGAGAAUGGUGUUUGUGGGCGACUCAGUCAACAGGAACCAAUGGGUCUCUCUCGUGUGCAUGGUGGAGGCCUCAAUACCUGACGACAGGCUCAAGAUACGCACCUUCAAUGGCUCACUCAUCUCCUUCAAGGCAUUGGAAUACAACGCAACGAUAGAUUUCUACUGGUCACCACUACUGGUGGAAUCUAACAGCGACAACCCCAUUAUCCACCGGGUGGAGUACCGGAUCAUAAGGGCAGACAGAAUUGAGAAGCAUGCCAGUGUCUGGAGGGAUGCCGACAUCAUUGUCUUCAAUUCUUACCUGUGGUGGAGGAAGCAGAAGGAUGACAUGAGGAUGAAGGUCAUGUAUGGUUCAUUCGAAGAUGGUGAUGCAAAGUUAGACGAGAUGGAAAUGGUCGAUGGUUUCGAGAUAGCUCUCAAGAAACUAACCGAAUGGCUGGGGGAGAAUAUUGACAAGAACAAGACUAGGAUAUUUUUCGCAGGAUCGUCACCAACACAUUCCUGGGCUAGCAACUGGGGUGGAGAAGACAAGAACAAGUGCCUUAACGAAACAGAGCCGAUCUACAAAACCGGAUACAAAGCUGCAACUACAGACUACAGCUUGAUGGCCAAAGCUAAGCACUACUUUCGAACAUUGGAGCCGAAAGGCAUACAUGUUCAGAUACUGAACAUCACCGAGCUGUCUGACUACCGCAAGGACGGGCAUCCUACGGUGUACAGGAAACAGUUUGCUCCUCUGACGAAAGAGCAAAUCGCAGACCCAGCCAGUUACGCGGAUUGCACGCACUGGUGCCUCCCCGGAGUUCCAGAUGUCUGGAACGAGUUUUUAUAUGGCUACCUCGUGCAAAAAUGAUGUACAAAACUGUCAGUCAGUGCAGAGACAGACAGAAGGAGAAAAGCAAGGGUCUGUCUGUACAUCACUUAUUAAUGGGAUCAGUGUACUAUUUGUUUACAUCUAACAGGGCGACAUGAUUUUGCAAUUUUCGAAGAAAUUUGUCAUGCAAAAAGGAACAGUUUAAGAAUGCCCCUAAAAUUCAGUUCAGUUCAAUUCAAUUCAGUCAUACCGGCAGGCAGGCAACAAAAGCACAUUCCACAUCUGAUUGGUGGGUAAUAUAGGUUAGGGAGAGAGGAGCAACCUGAAUCUGCUAUCGCCACAGGUUCCAGUUGUCGUCGGCCCGCCGCACCGCGUGCAGGACCACCCCGCCAUGGCCACCGGACACCCUCGCCGGCGCGUCGCGCAGUUACAGGCUACAGCUACUACCUGGAAGGCCAGGCCAGCCCCAGCCCAUGCAGUAACACUUGGAUGAUGUGGCCCGACAACGGCCCAAGUUUAACGGUCUCAAAGCUUAGAGGCCUCACAUUGCCAAAAUUAUGAAUAACCGAAAUGGUACAAGUUUCUUAUAUAUGAAACGCGGUUCAAAACACGGCUUCUAGGGCUAUCCACGUCGACUUUUAUUUUUUCAGCCGUUAGAUUCACAAUCGAAGGACAAGCAAACGCGAUGUCGUUUCUAUCCUCCACAGAUGACACGAUGUUUCCAGAAAUCGCUUCUUCUUUCCUUCCUCUGGGCAUCUCUCUCCCGAGGCUACGGGCCUACGGCUUCGAUGUUAAGCCAGUGGAGUUCCUCCGCAGCUGACGGCGAUGGCGGAGACCACCUGCUUCUCCGUGUUACGCCACAGAUCUUGGCUGCCACGGUCUCGCGCUUGCCGACUGUAAUACCCAAUUUGUAAAUUGUAAGAAAUAAUACAAAUGGAGAAAACAAUUUCUCCUUA